CAACAACCUCCUUAUUCCCGAUGCAAAUCUGUCUCAGUAGAAUGAAAAAAAAAAGCAUACAAAAAGACAUCUCAGCGUAAUGGACUGGAUUGGUGCAGUAACAAAAGAGACCACGUCUACGGUGUUCGAUGCUUCCUCCUAGCAACCGUCUCCCUUGAUCCCAAAGUGCAAGCCAUUGAUCAGGUACCAUUCUCGAAUGUGCCUGAUCUGAUCCGUAAAAAGGACGGAUGACUCGCGUUCAGAAAUCCGGAGAGCUGACGGGCAAUGCUCGCCGCUCUAGCCGGGGAGCCAGGGCGUGCCGUAGCGCCAGUCCAUCUAUAAAACAUACGCGGACUUGUCUCAAGAGCCCGCCCGGCACCGCCAUAAACUCAAUAUCAGCAACCAGACGCUCGUUUCUCUCCUUGCCCCUCUUUGAACACAAUCGCUUCUGCAUCUAUCGCAAACAACGCGCGCAAUGGCUCCAGGAGACAGUCGUGCCAAUACUGGACUCACCUUCUUCGGAAUGGUGGGUGGCGUUAUGGCCGCUUUGAAGCUGAAGGAAAAGUGGAACGAAUACAGACGUAUUCCUGACGAGGAAGAUGCCUUGGGCCCACUUGCCUUGCAUAGUCCCAUCGAUGAGGACGGGAUGCAUACUUUGGAUACAACUAUCCCCUCCGUCAGGUUGAAGAGGAGGAAGGCGGACUGCUGCGUGUGCUGCGGGAUGCAGUGCGGCCUUUUCUGGAAGGCCUUCGGAAUUGUGUGCCUCCUACUGGUAGGCUGGCAGACCAUCAAGUUCGUCGUCUGGAUGGUGACCCCCUCCCCGACCGGCCUCGAGACCAUGCCAAAGUUCAGCGCCUCGCUGGGCUGUUCCGACGCUCCUCACUUGUAUGGCGAUUCAAAGACCACAUUCUCAGUCCCAAUAAAUGUUGAUGCUUUGGACCACAUCGUUGACAUCAACGGCGGCGCGGUCGGUACUCUGACAAUCGCCGAAGGCGCACCAGGCGCAACCGAGAUCAAAUACGAGAUGACGCUCCGCUCGAGCGACGCGUCCUAUCUCGACCUGGUCACCCUCAGCUACUCAACGCCUUCCGAGGUCGAGGACCCGAUGACCCAGAGCCGCAUGAGCCUCGUGACGCCCAUCUAUGGUGAAGCUGCCGGCGCAUGUAUGCGCUACGAUAUGACCGUAUACGUGCCACCAAGCAUCGCGUCACUCAGCGUCACCACCCGCGGCUCGGGCGCCACGCAGCUGAAGUUUGACGACGACUCGAACUUCGAUCUGGGCAGUCUUUACGUGAAGACGUACGGCCUGGAUGAGCGCAACAUGAUCCUCCCGCAUAAGGGCGUGCACGCCGGCCUGCUGACGCUCGAGAUGGAGCGCGGCUGGCUCGUUGGGGACGUCGCGAUCGUGGACAAGACGGUGCUCACGACACAGCGCGGGGACGCCACGCUGAACACACACGUCUACCCUGCGCCCUCGUCAGAGGAGCCGCCUGCGGUUGCCCAGCUGCAGACCACAACGGGAUCGGGGCGCUCGGACAUUUUCUACGUGAACCACCCUGGCCAUGCUCACCGCCAGAUCUCGAGCAUUCACCGCUCCUCGCGGAACGGCGAUUUGUACCUCACCUACAAGGAAGCAGAAUGCAACGGGACCGUCGACCUCACCGCGCAGUCGUUCUCCGCGACGGGUCUGCAAGGAUCGGUUCGUCAUGGAGGAGAUGAGUUGCCAUGGGUUGGGAGCAAGGACGGCGCGGACAAGAUCGUGGCCGAGUCUCCCCACGGGUGGGUCGGGAUCUAUUUCUAAACUGGGUCUUCAUGUCUAUGUGAGUGGGAAGUGCACCCGUUAGAGUUGAGCUGCGGUUCAUCUAGUGCAGAUGUGCUAUCACACCGGACUCUAUGGGACUCAUAGUAUCUGUAUCGUGGUUCACGCUCAUUUGUAUUCAUGGUCAUCAUUAUAUCAUUCGUGCGAGCUAAUAUACAGUGCAACUUUUGUCCAUCCUCAUGAAGCGCCGAUUCCACCACGUCGAUGCGGCAUCGGGCUCCAAGCUCUUUGGUCAGCGGUUUUCUUGUCUACAACUCCC